AUGGACUAUCAUCUUCCUUAUGGUUUGAUCAUAUUCUUCCUUCCAAUAAUAAUCUUUCUAUUCUCUAUAUAUUAUGAAAAUAAGUCUUCUUCAAAAUUGGGACUUCCAAAAUCUUAUCCACUAAUUGGUUGCACAUUUUCAUUGAUUAAAAACCGCAAACGUCUUGUCCAAUGGACUGCACAAUUGUUACAAAAUUCACCUUCUUCAACCAUCACACUUACUGGUCCCUUUGGUAAAAAAUGUGUCUUGACAACAAACCCUAGUAAUGUGAAGCACAUCCUCAAAACCCGAUUCGACGUGUAUGAAAAAUCCACCACCGUACGGUCUUCGUUACACGAUCUUUUGGGUGGUGGAAUCUUUGUUGUCGAUGGGACAGAGUGGAAGUCCCAUCGACAACUCAUAAGUCCUAUCUUCAAAUCGGAUACGUUCCAUCAUAUAGUCGAGUGUAUCACUAUGAAAGAGAUUUCUUCUCGUCUUCUUCCUCUCUUUGCGGAUGCAUCUACUACUAUCCUUGACCUUCCCGAUAUUUUUCGUAGGUUCACUUUUGACAUUGUGUUUAAGGAAGGUUUUGGUCAUGAUCCACAAUACUUGUCACCAUCUCUACCGAAGACUCUCUUAGCUGAUGCUUUUAAUACCGCGAUCAAGAUAUGUAUGGGAAGGUACGCGAGCCCUUCCAUUUUGUGGAAAGCUAAGAAAUUUGCCCGUAUUGGAUCCGAGAAGAAUCUUAGUCUUGCAGUUAAGGAGCUUCAAGAAUUUAUCAAAAACAGAUUAAAGGAAGGGGAAUGUGAUGAUCAUGUUGAUUUCGUGCACUUCCUAGCUUCAAAAGGUCGUAGUCAAAACAAGUUAGUAUGUGAUGAGAAAUAUUACGUAGAUUCGAUUAUUAAUUUCAUAUUAGGUGCGGAAGACACUUUAUGCUCUGCUUUAAUAUGGUUCUUUUGGUUAAUAUCUAGUAAUCCGGAAGUUGUAAGUGAUAUUAAAGCGAAUAAUAAUAACAAUUGGAAGAAAAUGACGUAUCUACAUGCUUCCAUUUGCGAAAGCAUGAGACUAUACCCUCCAGCCCCUGUUGAACCAAAGCAAGCAACAGGGGAUGAAGACAUAUGGCCAGACGGGACAAAGGUGAAUAAAGGAACAGAAGUGAUUAUACAUAUAUUCGCGAUGGGGAGAUCACAAGAAAAUUGGGCGGAAUUCAAACCAGAGAGAUGGUUACGAAAAGAUGUUACAACAUCAAAUUGGGUAUUUAUCCCGAGGGAUCCUUUCAAUUACCUGGUGUUUCAAGCCGGACCGAGGACUUGUCUUGGAAUAGACAUUGCUUUUAUGCAAAUAAAAUUGGUAGCUGCUAAUGUGCUAAGCCAAUUUCAGCUUGUUCCAGCAGUGGACGGUUAUAGUCCUGUUUAUACUUCGACUUUGACAUCAAAGAUGAAAAAUGGAUUUCCAGUUAGAGUAAUUCAACGUGUCUAG